UAAAACGUUAUUUAGCAUAUUUUUUUUUUACCAAAAAAAUAUCACCUGAUCUUUUUAUAAAAUGACGUGACCUAUUCAUGGAUUUGCGAUAUUAUGUAACAGAUUGAUGUUGAAGCAAUUUAUAAAUUUACAUAAUUCAAUGGAAAUGUAAAAAAAUUGCGCAUUUGUAAUUCCGUUUAGCCAUUAUAAAAACUGGUAAAAUCAAAAAAUUGCGUUUGGUUGGUAAAAAAAUUAUGGUCCAGGAUCCCCUUAAAGAAUUAAUGUUCCCCUUCUUUUUGCCUUUCAAUUUCUGCCUAUUUAUACUCUCGCAUUUUCUCAUCUUAUGGUCAGUAGAAACGCAAUUGUCGUCAAGUUUACCACGAGAUCGUCUCUGUUACUUUAUUGUAAUAACUAGUUAACAUUCAUCGAUUCUUUGCAUGACUAUAUCUCAAAGAGAAGCAUUCUAGAUAUAUCUUAAGGAAACAUUCUAGAAGAAGCAUUCCUAUACAUUGCAAAAAUUAAAAAUAAUAGAAAACUCAUCAGUUCGUUAAAUUAGUGAUCAAGUAUCGUGUCAAUUAUUGGAAAUUGUUGGUUUUUAUUCCGACUUCAUAAGAGUUGCAAAGAGAAUUGCGAAAAUUGAUAAAAACUCUUGCUACAUAGAGCAAUAAGAUGGCGCAAAAAAGAAAUUACGUUGAGGAUAUGUUGAAUAUGUCGGAUUCUCCGACAAAGGAUGCUAGCGAUUAUCAAAGUGAAAUCCCUCAAUUCUUCGCGGGUUGUAAAGUUUUUCUAACAGGUGCUUCAGGUUUCCUCGGUAUACUUCUAUUAGAAAAGUUAUUGCGUGAUAGAACUCUUUUAUAUAUAUAUAUAAUGUUAAAUAUAAUAUUCCUCGCGAAAGAAAUGCCAGAUUUUAAGGCUUUUAUAUAUAUAUCUACCGCAGUUUCUCAUUGCAUAUACGACUUUAUUGAAGAAAAGUUUUAUCCUUCACCUAUUGAAACGAAUAAAAUUUUAACAUUACUCGAUAUUUUGAACGAUGAACAGUUGGAAAAAUUAACGCCGACAUUAAUAGAUAAAUGGCCGAAUACAUACACCUUUACAAAAGCAAUUGCUGAAGAUGCUGUGCGGCAAUACAGUACUGGAAUUCCGGCCUGCAUCGUACGCCCAUCAGUUAUAAUAUCAACGGCAAAGGAGCCAAUGCCUGGAUGGAUUAACAAUGUAUACGGAGCGGCAGGCGUAGUUAUGAGUGUUGCUAUGGGUUUAUUACGUACUUUGCAUUGCCCACCUGAAAAUGUAGCAGAAUUAGUGCCCGCCGAUUAUGUCAUUUCUCACUGCAUCGUUGCAAGUUGGGACCUCGCCAAAAGAAAAAAUGAUCUACUCAGUAUCGAAAACGCGAAUCCGGAGAUACAAGAAACCAAAAGAGUGCCGAUUUACAACUAUGUAUCAACAUGUCAAAAUCCCCUCACUUGGGAGAGAUUUCUGAAUUUGAAUAAGGUUUACGGCAUGCAAGUAGUAAGCACGCACGUUAUUUGGUAUAUGCUCCUGCUGCUAAACAAAUACAAAUUCGUACAUGAAGUCUGCGUAAUAUUGUUACAUAAAAUACCUGCUGUUAUAUGUGAUAUUCUGUUGUUCCUUAGCGGACGAAAACCUAUGCUACGAAAAGCAUAUGUGAAGAUAGACAAAUUUUACUCCGUGAUAUCGUACUUUUUAUCACAACAAUGGCGGUUCCGUAACGACGCUGUUAUAAACCUCUGGGAACGCAUGAAUCCAGCUGAUCGCGAGAUUUUCAACUUUAACAUAGAUGAUCUAGACUGGGAAUCACAUCUUAAACAUAUGAUUCCUGGUAUGCGCGUAUACUUAAUGAACGAUCCACUGGAUACUAUAGAAAAAGGACGAGAGAAAUAUAGGAAGCUAAAAUUUGCUCAUUAUACACUAAUAACCGUUUUUUCAAUUUUGCUAAUAUGGGGUAUUCUAAGCUUAAUAUUUCGCAUAAUAUCAUUAUUUUGAUUUAUAAAAAUUUCAUUUUUGUUAUGUUGGAGUUUUAAUGGCAAAAAUAAAUUACGAUAAUAAAAGAAAUAAAAUGGUAAACAAA